AUGCCUGUACGUGCCAAGUUCCGUCCUCAACCCGGCGCGAACGACGCACCACGCACACCAUCGCCAGGCGGGCGAUUGGUCUUCUACCACGGGCUGCCAGAUGUUCGCGACGAUGAUUCCUUCCGGGAGGUGAUCAAGAAGCUGUCCAUAUACUUCAAUGAGGUGGUGGUCCUGCCCGUCACCUUCGAACAACUGAGGACGACAUCUGCAGGCGCGGGCCUCACAAAACUGGUCGAGCAUCUGAGCAAGACGUGUUGCAAUCCUGCCAUCGUGAAUGCUCUGCUCGCCCUCAAGUGGCACUAUGGAGCCGCAACCGAGGAGAAGAGCGUCAAUGAGGCCCGGGCCAACGCGGCAGAGAUUGUGGCCUGGCGUUUCUUGACGCACCUGUCCGAGAGGGAAGUCGUGGACUACUGCCUCUAUGAGAUACCGGAUUCGGAGCACCCCGACAAUAGGGCAGGCAAUGGCGAUGAGGAGGACGGUCGCCUGACCGAGGAGGUCGACGAGAACACCGCCCUGCUUGCCCAGUCGCUGGCCGAGACGGUGACAUCGGCCAAGAACGCCUUUCUCAAUACUGGCAGCAACAAGCGGUAUCAGCUGUUGAAGUCCAUCUCCCGUCUGACCAUGCACGGUGACGAGGACGAGGAGGAGGAGGAGGAAGACCCGACCAAGCCCUUUGUCACCCUCAACGCCCUAGAGAUCGCGGCUGUCGCAAAUGCCAAGCGUUUCCUGAGCCAACAUGUCGUGCAGAAGAUCAUCACCGGCAUAUGGAAUGGUGACAUUGUGUUUUGGGAUAGACUCGAGGUCAACUCAGUCAAGCGACCUCGAUUCUACAACAAGACGACGGCAGACCCCUUCUCUCGGCUGCGAGUCCCCAAGUACCUGAAAAGCUUCGAGGUCCUUUUCUUCUUUCUCUUCCUCUUUCUGUACUAUUCUGUACUCGUGGAGAGAAAUCCAGCCAAGAUCAGCUUCGCCGAAGUCCUCUUGUACAUCUGGUUCGCUGCCUUCUUCUACGACGAACUGAGUGAAUGGAGCGAUGCGGGAUCUAUCUUUUACGCGACGGAUAUAUGGAAUCUGUUCGAUAUAACCAUGAUAUGUAUUGGAUUUGUUUUUGCGGUGAUGCGCAUUAUCGGUCUCUCAAAGCAUGACGAGAACCUCAUCGAGCAGUCUUUCGACAUACUCUCGCUCGAGGCCCUAUUCAUGGUUCCCCGCGUCUGCUCCGUCCUGUCGCUGUCGCCUUACUGGGGCACACUCAUUCCCUGUCUGAAGGAGAUGGGCAAGGAUUUCAUCAACAUCUUUAGGUUUAUGGUCCUCGUUGUUAUUCUUUAUAUGGGAUUCCUGACCACGUUCUCGCUCAUCGGCCGCGAGGAAUUUACCCUCAGAGAGAUGGCAAUGGACCUGACCAAGAUUUUCUACGGCUCGAGCUACGUCGGCUUUGAGAUUAUGAAUCGUAUCGACCCAAUCCUAGGGCCUCCUUUGAUGUUCAUCUUCGUGACACUGUCCAGCAUUCUGCUCAUGGGCAGUCUGACGGGUAUGCUCUCCAACUCCUUCUCCCGUGUCAUUAGCCACGCCCGCGAAGAGUACCUCUACGUCUAUAGCGUCUACGUUCUCGAGGCCUCCACCUCCAACCGCCUCACCCACUUCUACCCUCCCUUCAACCUCCUGGCCCUCAUCAUCUUCCGUCCCUUCCGUAUCUUCCUCCCGUCCGACCACAAGUUCCGCGCCGCCCGCAUCCUCCUGCUCAAGGCGACCCACUUUCCCAUCGUUGGUGCCAUCAUGCUUUACGAGACCAUCCGCGGCAAGGUCAUCGCCGACGAGUACGCCGGCUUCAAGGGCCCGCGCCUCGACACCGCCAAUACCGCCGUCGGCACCAUGUCCAGGAAGGCCUCCCGCGCCAAGAUGAGGCCCGCGUCAUCGUCCGACCAGAGACGUUCCGGCCGACCCUCGCGCAUGAGCAUGAGCGUGUUCGACCCGGUCCAGUUGCCCAGGGACUCGCCCACGCAGGGGCCUCCAAGCGCUGCCACGCCCGCCACGCCCACAACGGCCGCGACGGAUGCACUCAACGAUGACGUCGACGCCCCGACCCAGGUGGAGGUAAAGAUCGCGGAGCUGAACGACAAGAUCGACAGGCUGACGGAGCUCGUCCUGGCCAUGCAGAGGGAGAGGGAGCAACUUCACAGGGACGGGAUGACGCACGGGGAUGGCGGCCUGCGGGGUGGAUUUUGA